UGGGCGUUACAGAAGAAGCAACUGAUUGCCCAAUAAAGCCAAGAUGACAAUGCUCUAUCUCGUGGCUCACUUCUAGGCUUUAGGAAUGGAAUCACAUUAUUCUCUCUUUCCGAGACCUUACAUGCUAGGGGAAGAAGAAAAGUAACAUAAACUACUGAGUGGAGACACCAAGAUUGCAAAUGGGCAAUUUGGCAUGACCCACCUUCAUUGUUGCUCUCUUUAGUGCUCAUCUGCGUCCACUCAAUGCAGUAACAGAUCCUAUUUUCUUUCCACCCCCAAUCGCUUGUAAUUUGUAUAUAAAUAUGUGCAGCUUGUGGCGAACUUGUGCCAACCACAAGUUCACAAUCUUCUUCACUUCUGUAGAUGCUUAAAGGCCUCUAAUAAAGUCCUUAGGUCGUCUAGUUUUCUGGCUGGGGGUUCUGCCCUCCGGCGAGAUUCGAGCUCCAGCACCUCCGUCUAGAUCGCUUCACUCUACCAACUUGGCUACUCACUAGCCAACUGCCAUUGUCCUUGAUUGUUGAUCUUGCGUCUACUUGAUCUUACCAUUAUCGUAAUCGACAUUUUUUUUGUAGACAAGAUGGAAAAAGUAGUGAUUGGAGUGAACGAUCAUGCGAUGGCGGGUGCUGAGAAGACUGAGUUCGAUUACUCUCAGAGGUCUCAGUGGCUGAGAGCUGCCGUUCUGGGCGCCAACGACGGCCUCGUCUCCACGGCUUCCCUGAUGAUGGGGGUGGGGGCGGUUAAGCAGGAAAUCAAGGCCAUGAUGCUUUCGGGGUUCGCCGGACUGAUGGCCGGAGCUUGCAGCAUGGCCAUCGGGGAGUUCGUGUCGGUAUACUCGCAGCUGGAGAUAGAGGUCGCUCAGCUGAAGAGAGACAAAAUGAGGGGUGAACAGGGAGGCCGUGAGGGUGAGGAAGACGGAGGAGGGCAGCUGCCUCGGCCGUUUCAGGCGGCGUCGGCGUCGGCGAUGGCAUUCACGGUGGGUGCAAUCGUGCCCCUGCUGUCUGCUGCGUUUGUGAGGGAGUACUGGGUCAGGGUUGGGGUGGUGGCCGGGGUAUCAAGCGUGGCGUUGGUGGCGUUUGGGGCGACGGGAGCUGUGCUCGGCCGGUCGCCGGUGGUCCGGUCGGCGGCAAGGGUGCUGAUCGGAGGGUGGGCAGCCAUGCUUCUUACCUUUGGGCUCAUGAAGUUGGUCGGGUCGAGGGUGAUGUAGCAUUAAGGCCAGUACGUGGUGGGUGUUGCAUGUCGAAGCUGUCUGUUUCAUGCAGCAUUAAUCUCCUAGCUAGUUUGAGCUUUCUAUCUCUCUCUCUCUUUCUCUCUCUCUCUCUCUCUCUCUCUAUACAGUGAGGAGAGAGAUGAAUAGGUAUUCUGAUCUUUGACGUAUGUUUUGCAUGAGGCAAGAUCUACGAGAGCUUGUUCUGCAGGCCUGGUUUCAUCAUGCAUGAAUGCAUGGUGGCUGUUUGUUAAAUAAGUAAAAGUUUGCA